ACCCAUGACCAUUCUUAAGACCCCGGUUCGCGGUAUCAGUCGUCAGGCAAGUCACUCGCUCUUGGGCUAUUCAGUAAACACUUCAACGGUUAUUAGUUUUACUGGUGCUAUUACCAUAGCAGUUUUCGACUGCUUUUGAACUGCUAUAACAUAUAUUAUUCAUUGUUGAUCGAAAUUCUACAAUACUACAAUGGAAUCCUUGAUUCAGAUUGUAAACAAAUUACAGGAUGUUUUUGCUGUAAUCGGAGAACACAAAAUUGACUUACCUCAGAUUGUGGUUGUCGGAUCUCAGAGUUCGGGAAAGAGCUCAGUUUUGGAAAGUUUGGUCGGUAAAUCUUUUUUACCUAGAGGUACAGGAAUUGUAACUCGUGCACCACUCUUUCUUCAAAUGAUUAGGUAUUCUGAAGAAGACUACCAGGAAAUGGUCAAAAUAACAAAAAAUCGUAAUAUUAAAUGUUGGGCAACGUUCCUUCAUAAAGAUGGUAUAAUUUAUGAAAAUUUUGAUGAAGUAAGAUAUGAAAUCGAAAAACGAACUGAUGUUUUGGCUGGUGAUAACAAGGGCAUUACCCAUGAGCCAAUCGUCCUGAAAGUUUUUACUCUGUCCUUCGAUCUCACAUUUGUGGAUUUGCCAGGAAUCACAAAAGUACCUGUUGGCGAUCAACCGGAGGAUAUUGAUGAGCAAAUUCAAGAGCUUAUAUUAAAAUAUGUAAAACAGCCGAAUUCAAUAAUUUUAGCUGUUGUAACUGCUAAUACAGAUCCAAGUACAUCUGAAAGUCUGAAAAUUGCUAGAAAAAUGGACCCUGAAGGUGCAAGGACAAUUGCCGUGGUUACUAAGUUAGAUUUGAUCGACAAAGGUACAAUUCAAGACACUACUGAUCUGCUCUGUGGUCAUAGAAUUCCUGUGAAACUGGGCAUAAUUGGAGUGGUCAAUAGAAGCCAAAAAGACAUAAACGACAAUAAAUCAAUGAAAGAAACGGUGAAAAGUGAAAAGGAUUUUUUGAGAAUGAACUACCCAGACAUCUACAAAAAUCACGGUAACAAAGUGUUGGCUAAAAAACUGCAAGAUAUAUUGGUAAAACAUAUCAAAAAUACUCUUCCAGCAUUGCUAAAAAAUUUAAAUGACACAAAGACAAAACUACAAAAUGAGUUAAAAACAUUGCAAACACCUGAUAGCAAGGUAUCAUUUGUAUUAGGCUUAUUUAAAGAAAUAUACAAGUCGUAUUGUGAUACAGUACUGGGCAACACAAAAAAUAUUUCCGAUAACACAGUUAUGGGUGGUGCCAGAAUUUCACAAAUUAUAAAUGAAGAGUAUUCAGAGAAAGUGAAUAAAAUUGAUCCCUUACUUAACUUAUCUGAAGAACAGAUAAGAAUUAUUUUACUGAACACAGCUGGAAUUACCAACAGCUCGUUCGUCAAUCUAAAAGCUCUGGAGAAUAUGAUAGGUAGACAGUUGAAUAACCUAAUUGAGCCAUCCUUGCGCGCUGUGGACAUUGUACGUGGAGAGAUGCUGAAAAUAUUUGAUUUAAUUGAUGAAAAUAUUUUAGGAACUUUAAAAAGAUAUCCCAGGAUAAAUUCAGAUGUGAGAAAUGUCCUUAAUACUGUAUUGGAUGAGCAUCUAACUAACUUGAAAGAAUGUAUAAAUUCUCACAUUGAGACUUACCAGACAUGUUUGAAUACGAAAAACCCUAUAUUUUUGCUAAAAUUAGUCCACUUUUCUACUAAUGAGUGCAAUACAAAGAAUGAUGCUCCUAAUGUUAUUUCUGCGUUUUUUGAACAGAACAAGGGCGAUGUUAAAGAGGAACAUCUUAUACAAAAGUUCAAAGAAAUGUUAUUCGGGUUAACUGACCAUGCUGCUGAAACAUCAGAACAAGUCAAGAUUCAUAAACGGUUGACUCACUGUUAUUUUGAGUUUAUCAGAGAAAUCAUUGUUGACUAUGUACCAAAAAGAAUUCACCAUAAAAUGGUGAAUUUAGUUUUGAACAAUUUCGAACAUGAAUUGGACGAAAAAGUUUUUACUUUGUAUGUAAUUAAUCAAUCGUUUAAUGAAGUUUUAGUUGAAGAAGAAGGCGUUGUUGAAGAUCGAGAACGGGUAGAGCAAAUGUUGUUUGCUGUCAACAAAGCUUUGAAAAGUAUGGUAGAUAUUCAGUGUUUCUGAUGCGAAGUUUACAACAAAAAGUAGUUAUGUAUUAACGUUAUGUGCUUUACUAAAAUAUUUAAAACAAAAAUUAUAAUUCAUUUUAAUUAACUCAUACUUUUGUAGGUUGCUUUAAAAAUAAUAUUUCCUUUUUCUUUAUGACUUUUUACUAUGUUAAAAAAUUAGUGUUAUUGUUUAUUUUUAAUAAUUAGUACAUAUUUGUAAUAUUUAAAUAGUCUUUAGGAAAUUUACUUAUAUUAAUACUAAUUUGUUCAGAUAUAUCAAUUUAUCAAUAAAUAUAAAUCCUCUUUCCUAUGAAAAAGGUACUCAUUAUAAUAUAUCUCUUUCCUCUAAAAAAGUACCUGGUUUCUUACCUUAUGUAUCAGUGCUGCAACUACAAUUUUGAGGCCCAGGCGUGAGAUAAAUUUUAGAGGCCCUUUAUCGUCAGUGGUGUCUACAUUUUGAAUCAGUCUUUGAUGAAUUGAUGAGCUAUGACUGGGGGUUAUACAAUAGUACUCAAAUAUCAUACACCACAAAAAUAAAUAUUUAUGAUAUUUUCUCUUAGAAUUUCAACUUCUACUUUACCUCAAGAAACCCUUGGAACGCUUAGCUAAAAACAAUGCAUGUUUACAGCCUUACAGGAGAAUAAAUGUUGUGAAGAACAACCAACACAUUUAUCAAAAAUAAAUCAACAGAGGAAUUUCAUACCUACCUUAUAACUUUUAAGUUAUAACUAU